UCAAAAUGAGCAAAGAUGAACGUAAAAUGGCGGAGGUUUUUCUAACUUUUUUUGGUAUUUUUUGCACUUUGUCGGCCAUUAUUUACGGCGCAUAUAUUCUUCUGCGUUUCGAGAACUUCGAUCCUGUUCGAGUUCAUAAAUUUCUACAAACAAAUAGACCGAAUAAAAAGGAAUUUGUCGUCGGUCAUCGAGGGACGACCCUUGAAGGUCCAGAGAAUACACUCGUUGCUUUCCGUCAUGCAGCAGAAAGCGGGGCUGAUGGAGUUGAGUUUGACGUGGAUUUUACAAAAGAUGGACAUGCUAUUAUAAUACACGAUGCAACAGUUGACAGAACUACGGAUGGGACUGGCUAUGUUUCUGAUUAUACUCUGGAGGAGAUUAAAAAAUUGAAUGCAGCUGGUGACUUUAAAAAUCGGCAGAAUCUUACUUUCACACAAGUUCCAACCUUAGUUGAAACAAUAGAGACAUGUCUGGAAUUGGAAAUAAAAAUGUUUAUCGAAAUAAAGGCAUAUCGGCAUUCGGUUAAGGCAGCACUUCUUCUUAAAGAACUUUUCAGGAAAUAUGAUCUUUAUGAGAAAGCAAUUGUUUUGUCAUUUUAUCCUAAUGUGGUUUACCAGGUCCGUAGAGCAGAUCCAAAGAUCAUGGUCAUCCAGAACUGGAUUACAAGGCACAUGUCUUACAACCGAGAUGGCACGCCAAAGCAUUCUCAAUGGUGGAUGACCAAAGUGACUCGAAGUUUAGAUUAUCUUCUUGAGCUUUCUGUUCAUUCCUGGCUGUUUCAUAUUUUACGUUUUCCAUUGCGCAUCACACACCACAGUGAAGCCUCAGGAUUCUAUGUACAGCGGUGGAAAGAGUCGAAUUGAUCUCAAUCAUGGAAGGCGUAAUGUUGUAUGAAGUUUUAUUGGCUCUGCAAAAUCAACUUUGUGCAACAUAGCAUUUCUGUGUAUGAUGUCAUUAUGAAAACGGUCUAUUCGGUGGUACCAAAGGCUAUUGGCAAAUGCCAUUAUAGGAGGUGAAUUAACAUACUUUCUUCGAAGUUCUGGAGCUAUUUUGAUGUCAUUUUGCAUUCUAUAUAACAAAGUGAGGAAUGGUUAGCAACCUUUUAUUAUAUAUAGCUUAAUUCAAUGUAAUUAUAAUCUUAUUUACCUGACAUUUACAAUGUCUGCUGGAUUUCCAGCAAAACCCCCAAUAAAUCCUUUGCAGAGAAACAAUAUUAAUAGGUUUUAUCAUUUUCAACAAAGUUUAGUUCAAUAUUCUAUAGUAGCAAUUGUGACCAUGUAAAACAAA